ACAUAACAUGGCGCAAUGCAUUUUUCAUAAACUGAAACAAUAAAAAAAAACUGUGGAAAAAGUAGAAAUAUUUUUGUGAUUCUGAACAAGUUAAUACAAAAACCUAAAGAGCGGUGUGAAAAAUGCAUUAAUCAGAAUUAAAUAAAAAAACACAGCAACAACAGCAAAUUAUGAAUAAUAAAAGAGCGCGCAAAACUUUUUACACAUUUUUCAAUUAAUAACAUCCCCCGCCAAUCUGGGAGGGAAUGAAGCUGGGGCGCAGGACCAGAAUAUUGCCAAACCGCUAAAUGUUAAUUAGUUAAAAGCCCAAACUACGCAUUAACACAAUCGGAAAACCCCAGGUCCCAAACCCCCAAACCCAGUGUAAAUGCAAACACAGACAGAGGCAUCAUAUUUUCCCCAGUUUCAGUUUUUUGAUUUUAGUUGCAAAUGCGUUUUUUUUUUGCAUUUUUGUUUUGCGCCAUUAAUACAUUAUGUGCAAUCCGCCUAUGUACUCGCCUGGGCUGAAUGUUUGUACAGCUUCCUAUAUAAAUUAAAUGGCCAUGUCAAAAAAGUCAAUAUUUAGCGAACCAAUAAAAAAAGAAAUCACAACGCCUAACUGGCAGCAGCAGGUGUGGGGCAGUGGGCUAAUAUACCUUUUGCGCAAAAAGAAAGAUGUAUUUCAUAAUGAGCACAGAUCCUUUCGUUAUCAGUUACGGACACCUAAACACAGAGUGAGUCGUUACAAAAGAUUGAACCUAAUUUAAUUAGGAACACAUUACAAAAUUUAAAAAUGUACUAUUUAUGUACUAUGCUUCUGGUUUCCAUUUCAAGCAGGAAAAUCAUUUAAAUUCAUUUCGCAUUCUGAAAUUUUCCGCCAGGCAUUCUAUAGUUCAUUGGCAUGUCAAUUAAUUCUCAGACAACCUCUCAGCUCUUACAUUUCAAUUUCAUUAAUAAUUUUUUAAUCAUGCAUUAACACUUGCAAUAAUUAAACCAAAGCCCCAGUUCGCUCGCUUGCAUUUUCAUGUCAGCAGCAAAAGUGUUGACAAAUCUAUUUUGCCAAUUUUUUUAAACCGGCAAAUAUCUAACACCCAAAAAUGGCAAGGUCAAUGCUAUAGACUCAAAAAAUCCAUUUCCAUUUAUAUCUAAACAAACUGAUAAAAACAAGUUGAAAAAGAGCCACAUUGACAGCCCAACAAAGCAAACAAAUGCUUAACUCAUGAAUGAAUAAUUUGUCGCGUUUAGAACUAGAAGCUAUCGAAUUGGAGCACUCCAAUAAAAAACCGAGCAGAAAAAUACCAUUGAGGACUUUCACCUGGAAAAUUCCACAGGAUGUCUGCGGCAUGUCUGCACCUAGCUAUCCACAAAAAAUCGAAAAACCCGGUGGAGGUUGAAAAAGCACAGCCAAGCAUUUAUACAAAUAUAGUAUAUAGAAAAAAAUCUAAUCGAAGGCAGUCCAAAAAGAAAAAUGCAUAGAAAAUGGAAAAACGAAAUCGCUUCGCAAAAAGUCGAACCCCAGCCCAAAAAGCCAAAUUCGUGUGGAAAAAAUAUUUUUGUCGCGUAAAAACGUAAAGGGGAAUAAGGAAAAAAUGUGAGCAGGCGUACCAAUUGAAAAUGCAAAAUAAAAGUGAACCGUGGAAAAAAUGGCGUUAGAUUUAGGACAACAAAAGCGGAGACAAAAAGUCGCUUUUCCAGCUCCCCGGUGCACCCAGUCGAAACCAAAGCGUUUUUGCGGUCGGAUCUCGCAGGUUUUCAGUGGAGCUUCGUUUCUGUUAUUUCCCCUUUAUUUAAUAUUGGCUUUGGCAGUUGGGGCACAAUGUCAACAAAGCGCUAACAGAGCUUCAACAAAGUUAUUUUGCUUCUCAAAUUGUUGCAUUCGCAUUCAUUAGAAACUGAGUUGUGAGAAUUCUCGGGGUCUAUCUCUGGUCAGAGGAUGAAGUGUUAAAGGGCUAAUGCGUUAAAAUACGUUUUUUAGAUCAGAUCAGGUUACAUAACAACUGUAAGAUGGUAAAGGUGUAUUCGAACACAAAAGUCACUUUAUUCCUAAUUUUAGAAUCUAAUUUUGAAUAUUUGGGACGAACUGCGUUUGGGUUGGGAAUUAAACGGGUUGUGUUUCUCAAUAAUAAUAUGCAAAAACAUUACAGUUAAACAAUAGAUAUAUAUAAAAAAGUUAAUACAAAAACUAUAAAAUAUAACGAAGUAAGAGUGAAAAACUAAAGAUACCUGUCAACCCACGAAGAAAAAUUGUGCUUGGUCCAGUGAAUUAGAACUUAACCAAAAUAGAUUUAAUAAGCAGCCAAAUGGAAGGCCGUCUCAUCGAGUAUCGGCCGAUAGGCGGUGGUCUGGACUACCAUCACAAUUCGCCGUUGAUCGGGGAGAUCCCGCCCGCUGGCGGGGAUUACUCCCAUGCCGUGCAUCGAUCCAUUGAUCACCUGCGGAACAGCCUCAACGAGCGGGUGGCCCUGGGUCCACUUAGUGUGUUCUCCAACACGGCCGACUUAAGGAACUCCGUCCUUAGCUACAGCCAGCAGCCCCACCAGCAACCACAGCCACCGCAGCAGCAGCAGCAGCAACAGCAGCAGCAGCACCACCAGCAGCAGCAACACCAGUACCAGUUGGUGCCGGAACCCAAGCCGAGUAUCACCAAUCUGGAGAGCAGUGUGGCCUCCUCGGCGGUCAGUGGAUCAGUGGCCAGUAGCCAAAAGCACCUGAACGAUGCGGUGGUCAGCAGUAGCAGUGGGAGCAGCAGCACAGCUGGACCCGCUCCCACAGGAUCCACCAGGGGCCGCAAGUCCCGGAUCUACCCCAAUCCCAACCAGCACAUCAUAGUGACCAGCAAUAGCGUCGACAAUGGCGGCAUCCGGAUGCAGAAUGCGACGCUGAACGAAAGAAAUUCUCAAAAUUCCUCUGCGGGGGCUACUGGCGUUGGCAAUGUGACCACGGCAGCGGGAUCCGGCAACGGCAUCUCGUCCUCCACCAGCUCGCCGCACCACAUGACCCAGUUGGACGUUAAGGACACCAAGAUUUUUAGCUCGAAGGCUGAUCUCCAGCUGCACACACAGAUCCACAUGCGAGAGGCUAAGCCGUACAAGUGUACACAAUGCUCGAAGGCCUUUGCCAACUCGUCGUAUCUGUCGCAGCACACCCGGAUCCACCUGGGCAUCAAGCCGUACCGCUGUGAGAUCUGCCAGCGAAAGUUCACGCAGCUCUCGCAUCUGCAGCAACACAUCCGGACGCACACGGGCGACAAGCCGUACAAGUGCAGGCAUCCCGGCUGCCAGAAGGCCUUCUCGCAGCUCUCCAACCUGCAGUCGCACUCGCGGUGCCACCAGACGGACAAGCCGUUCAAGUGCAACUCCUGCUACAAGUGCUUCUCGGACGAGCCCUCGCUGCUGGAGCACAUCCCCAAGCACAAGGAGUCGAAGCACCUAAAAACGCACAUCUGCCAGUACUGCGGCAAGUCGUACACUCAGGAGACCUACCUGACCAAGCACAUGCAGAAGCACGCGGAGCGGACGGACAAGCGACCACCUAUCGUGCCGGGCAGUGCGGCGGCCAUUGCAGCGGCGGCCGCUGCAGCUGCCGGAGGGUCGGCAAACCCGACCAAUGGACCGCCCCCGCCGCCCAAUCCCGCUCAGCAUCAGCGCAAUAACUUGGGCUUGCCCCCCGUCUCCAUUGCCCCCAGCGACAACGGCUACUGGCCAAAGGUAAGUCCGGACUCGGCCGCUGCAGCCAACGCCAUGGAGGUGAUGCACCAGCAGCAGCAACAACAGCAGCAGCAGCAACAGCAGCAGCAGGCGCACCACCACCAUCCGCAGCACGGAGUCCCGCCGCAGCAACAUGUCCCGCCCCAGCAGCAGCAGCAGCAACAGCAGCAGCAGCAACACCACCAUCCGCAGCAGCAGCCUCCUCCGCAGCACAGCAUGGAAACCCACUACGCGCAGCCGACGGCUCCUAACGGAGCCCAAAGCAACGGACACGGUACGGAGUUGCAGCCCCAUCAUCGCAUGCCCGAUCCUGUGCGGGAGGAUAUUGCCUCGACGCCCAGCGCCGUAGGUCCCUAUGAUGCCGCAUCCAUAACGAAAGCCAACAGCAACUCGGCGUUCACGCCGAUCAACUCGAUGCCCCCGCACCUGAACUCUCUGAGCCACCACCCAAUGGCCCAGCGGCCCUAUCUCUACGAUGCCAUCAGCUUCCCGAACAAGAACGUGAACCAGAACAACGCGAACGGGUUCCCCAACCAGCUGAUCUCGCUGCACCAGAUCCGCAACUACGCCCACCAGCCGGCGGGAUUGAUGGCGGGGGAGCACCUCCUGGGCGUGAGUGUGGGUCCUGGGAAGGACAAGGGAUAGCUGGGGGCCUACUUCUAAGUUGAAGGUAGUUCAUCAGUUGUUCAUCCGUUCUCCAAGCGGAGGCGAGGCGUGCAUUCCUGUACAGUAUUAAUUUGUAGUUAGUUGUAGCGAGUGAAGGUCAUUUUGUAAUUUUUGUAGAUCUUCUUGGGUUAAGUUAAGGGUGUUCCGCGCACUCGAUAAGAACUCUGUAAAUGGCCAACGAUACGUACUCUAAUUUGAAAAACACCGUCCAUGCCUAUGUUUACACAAUGUCUUGAAACACAAGCACCAGUUCCGAUAAAGAUCCUGCGAUAUAAACGUGUAUGUCCAGUAAAAGUUAUCCCGUCAAGUGAUUAGUUUUCCAGGACCUCGUAUAUGGCCGCUUGUAUAUAUAUAAUUGGAAAUGAAUUUGUUUUCGAUGCACACGGAUCUCGCAAUUUUGAAGCAAUGAUUUUGAAGCAGACAUCAAAAACUGCUCACUGAGCCGAUAUAUUUGUACAUAGAUAUACAACAUCACCUAAAGGAACUUACAAGAAAACGUAACGUACAUUUAAAUACAAAUCCUCAUAUAUAUUUGUUUAGGUGUAUCGUAUUAAAUACAGAUAUUUCCGAGAGAAUCUCCUCGAAAAACGAAACACAAAAUGCAAAAUGAAUUCAAAAAAAUCAAAUGUGUUUACAACUAUAAAUGAAACUAUGCGAUAGAUGAAAACUAUUUUGAAAAAACAUUUCUAAGUAUAUGUUGGCAGUUGCUAAAACCGAAAAAUAUAAAUUAAAACAAAACCGAAAAGAGAUGCACUAAUUUUUGGAAAGACUGAAGAGAUCGAAAUUAACAAACCAGCGGAGAAUUGAUGAAAAUCAAACAUUUUAAAGAGCGUUUUUACUGCAGUUACUAAGCAAACUGAAUGUGUCCUAUAAAAUUUCGUACUAAAUGGCAGAAACUCAACCUAAACGUGAAUACGAGUAUGACAACAUCAAAUGUAAUGUAUUAUUAAAUAAUGUAAUUCUAAUUUUAAUCCUAAUCUAAAUUAACGUUAAACUAACCGAUAGCUAGUGUUUAACUCCAAAACGCAAUCUCAAUGUAAAGACAAAACGAAAAUGGAACACAAAAGAAAAUACCUACAGUUAAGUGAAUAGCAAAUGAACUUUGAACCACACACACUCCACAUACACACGCAUUAAAUAGAAACAUUCGGGGUAUUCAGAUAGCCGAGCUAAAUGAUUAUUUGUUUUACCGUCUAACGUUUACAGCAGAUUACAAAACGAUUCAAUGGCUAAGAUAUGCAAAUACACGGACAGUUCCCGGUUGGACUUGGAUUGGAUAUCCAGCUGAAUAUGCAUACGUACUUAUAUAAUUGUCAAUAGUAGAUGUGUGUUCCUCAGUUGAUGUAAAUUGAUUUUCGACUAACCACAAACUCAACCCGUAAUAAAGUGAAUUAAAUGUU